AUGCCUUUUAUUCAGGAACCUAUUCAGACAAGCCCUCUUGUAUCGAGACAGAAUCUUGACCAAUCCUUCGCCAAACCUUUCUUCAUCCAUGAAGCCGUUGGCGCAACUUUUCGACCUGAGUUGCUUGGAUGCGAGACGGUUCGAGCAGCAUGGUUCUUACUGCUAGCUCGAUAUUUCCAGGCAGAUAGACUGAAUAUUGAAGCCUGGAAAAUCAGUAUGCCUCAGGCCAAAUCUAUCAUCUCGAAGACCUUGUCCGUUUCAAUGGAAACGCCGUUACGAGCCAUUGUCCAAGAAGCAAUGAAUCUUUCUAACUUCGGCAUUUGCCUUAUAGAAGACAGUAUUCAUUCGUUCCCACUCGCUGAGCGCCAUCUUAGUAGUCUUGGAACUACUAGCUUCCGGACCGCCUUGAUCACAACUAUGCAGCCGGUAGUCAACAUGUCACGAGUACUGGCACAGCUUCAAGCGUGUCAUAUUAUUGUGUGCCAUGAACUUCAAAAGGUCUCCAUCUGGGUUGACCCCAGGCUAUGCUCAGCUGCUAUCGAUGCUGGACUUCCUUCUCGACUCCUGUCCCAGAUGGAACUCAUUGCUCAUCAGUUGGUUCACUGUGAUUGCAGCUCCGGGACUGUCAGAGACCUGGAGUAUUUUAGUCAUGCUGACAAGCUGAACGCGGAAUCAAACGAUCCAGCCCUUAAACCAUCCGUGUCAAUGCUUCUUCAUGAGGUCAUUGCCUCAUUUGCCGACUCCAGACCUAAUGCACCGGCUAUUUGUGCGUGGGAUGCAGAUCUAUCUUACUGGGAGCUGAACCAUCUAUCAACUCAGUUAGGUUCGCAUUUGAUGGAUGCAGGUGUUCGGCCUGGUACAUUGGUUCCCUUGCUCUUUGAUAAAUCAGCCUAUACUCAUGUGGCUCAACUCGCAGUCCUCAAGGCUGGAGGAGCAUUUACUACUCUGCCAUCCGACAUGCCCCUGGCACGAAUUGAGUCUAUAGUGGCACAGCUCAGACCUGACACUGCUGAUAGACCGAUAGUCGGGCUAUGUUCUCCUUUACUGAGCAACAUUCUGGACCCCCUAGUUGCCCGCGUCAUUGCUGUAGAUGAGCAGUCUGUUGCAGAGAUCAGAAAAAAACCCCAAGUAGAUAAUAUAAGGCCCCAGCCUCAUGAUGCAGCCUAUGUUAUCUUUACCUCAGGCACUACUGGUGUUCCAAAAGGUGUAGUGGUUGAGCAUCGCAAUAUUUGCAGCUCUUGUAAGUAUUUUGGCGCAGAAAUGAUGGGACUGAAUCAACCUGGAGUCCGACAUUCGCAGUUUCUGUCGUAUGCAUUCGACGGCUCCAUUCAUGAUAUCUUUUACACUUUAUCAAACGGUGGGUGUCUCUGUGUCUUGUCCGAAGAUGAACGUAUGAACGACAUCUCCGGUGCCAUGACUCGCAUGGGAGUAACUCACGCCAAGUUCACCCCAUCUAUUGUUGAUCAACUCUUCCCCGAAGAUUUUCCGACAGUCCAGAAGCUCUUCCUCGGAGGUGAACCCCUAACUCAAGCCUGUGUUGACCGGUGGGAACCUCAUGUGGAAGUGUGGAAUAACUAUGGCCCCGCUGAAUGCACAGUUCAGUCUAGCGUUAUCAGCUGUGCGGAUCCUAAUUGGACCUCUGGAGUCAUCGGACACGCCGGAGCUAGCCGCUGUUUUAUUGUUGAUCCCAGCAAUCCACAUCGUCGAAUGCCAAUGGGAAUGAUUGGCGAGAUUUUGAUUGAAGGACCUAAUGUCAGCCGUGGAUACCUACGAAACGCAAAUCAGACCGACCAUUCGUUCCUUCAGGGGCUCACAUGGGCUCCUUUACGGCGCUUCUAUCGUACAGGCGAUAUGGCAUUUACUGGCUCGCAUGGACUGUUGACUUGCAAAGGUCGUGACGAUGACCAGGUGAAAAUAAAUGGCCAGCGAAUUGAGCUAGGUGAAGUAGAGACUCAACUUCAGUCGGUAUUACCAGGUGCUUCUCGUGGCGUAGUUGACGCCGUGAAUCCAUCGGGACGAGGCAAGAUCCUCAUUGCUUUCAUUCAACUAGAUAGCCCACUCAAGAGCCAAAUUUCGUUCGAUCAGCUGAAGCGUGAGGUUCAGGAUGGACUUUUCAACGUUUUACCACCAGCAUUCAUCCCCUCGCGCAUUCUUCAGUUGGAUGAGAUUCCUAUGGGCCCAACGGGAAAGACCGAUCGCAAGGCUUUACGCAAACUCGCCAUUGAUAUGUUUUUUAAUUCAUCCAAAAUACAACAGCAAGCUCCACAUCUAACCAUCCAGGACCCUUCUGUUCUUCUUGAGUCUGCGGAUUUGAAAGAAAGAGACUGCCUUCUGAGGAAGAUGUGGGCAGAGACUCUUCAGCUGCCCACAGAAACAUUCAAUUCAACUUCUGACUUCUUUUUGCUCGGUGGAAACUCAUUGUUAGCGAUGCGUCUGGCUUCCUUUGCUCGCAAGGUAUCCUGGAAUUUGAACGUGAAAGACAUUUUCAGAUAUCCUGUUCUGUCUGAUAUGUUACUUGCCAUUUCAUGUCUGGAAUCAACUCCAAAGAUAGCAUUACAAACUUCAUCCAAGUUGAAGUCUCUGGUCGCCAAAGAUUGGAAGAUUGAUACGAAUGCAAUCGAGGCUAUCUAUCCAGCUAGCGCCAUUCAAGAAAACUUCCUAGCACUCGCAUCAACCAAUCGCGGGGCUUACAUUAUGCAGUAUACAUUUUGUAUUCCGAACGAAGUUAACCUUGAACGACUGGAAGAGUCUUGGAGACGGGUUGUGAAGACCCAUCAAAUUCUCCGAACUCGCUUCUAUCAUACCGCAACUGGACUUUCUCAAGUCGUUUUAAAGGAAGAUUUCCACUGGAAAACGCAGAAGGUGGAAUCAAAGGACGCUCGCCAAAAGAUAAAAUCAACUCUUCUUCUUCCAAACCAAGCUCUCUGUCAAUUCCACAUCUACAUUUCAGAUGAAUCCAGCUCUCGAACUUUGAUCUGGACAGUGAGUCAUGCUUUAACUGAUGGAUGGACAAGUGCUCGACUAUUUGCAGAAGUAUUUGAAGUAUACUCAUGCGAUGCUGCAGUGCCUAUAGCCGAGCCAUACACCAGCUUUGUGCAGUCUUUAUCCGUCGCACCUGAAGGAAUGGAAGGUUUCUGGAAAGAGGAGCUUGACCAUGGCCCUGUUCUAGAAUAUCCAAUCCUGCCUUAUUCUCAGUUCCGACCCGACACAAACUCCAGACGAUCUGGUCAAGUGAGCAUCUCUUUAACCUCUACAUCUCGAUAUGGCGUGCCUCUGAUGAUUCGCGCUGCAUGGGCAAUCACUAUAAGUGAGGUAACUCAACAGGAAGAUGUCCUAUUUGGUGUCAAUCUGAGUGGCCGUAAUGAAUGUCCUGAUGUGGUGGGCCCAACUGUCACAACAGUGCCUAUUCGAAUUUGUGUCCGCCAGUCUUUCUCCGUGAAACAUCUUCUAGAACUCAUGCAUAUACAGUCAGUACGUAUGAUGUCCUAUGAGCAGUCAGGCCUUCGUCGAAUUGGAGACAUUGAGAACGGUCUUCUCCGGCCAUAUUGCAAAUUUCAGAAUUCUCUAGUCGUUCAACUACCCCGAGAAAAGGUCGCAGGGUCCCUUGAUAGGACUUUGAAGUGGAUGGAUCCAAGUAAUCUUGACACUGUCUCUGCACACGGUUUGGUUGUCAACUGUCUCGUCAAAGCUUCCACCGUGGAUGUGUGGAUGAACUACGACAAUCGAAUCCUGGGUGAAGAUAGAGUAGCUGAGUUGAUGAGUCGAUUUCUAACUAUUCUGUCUCAGAUUUUGAGUGAUGGAAAGGAUAAAACUAUCGCCGAAAUUUCUCCUCACAGCCAGUUCUUGAUGUGUAAGAAUCAUUCUGCUCACAAAGGCCGAUUGGUCGAAUACCUUGGCCAAAGUGUCGAUGUUGCAGAAAUCGAAGAUCAGAUGGCAGCGAGUUCCUGGCAUCAUAACAUUCAGUCCUAUGUCUAUCCUAUUCGACCAGAUGACAAAGCUACAUAUUCUGUCCUCGCUGCUUUCGUUGCCACGGAUGAUUUUAAGGUCUUCACACAGUAUGUGGCAGAGAUUCAAUCACAGAUUGGAAAGUAUCUUCCCAACCACAUGAUCCCGGCUCUUUAUAUUCCUGUUUCCACAGAUGAAGAGCCAUUUGAAAUUCCGGGGGACUUGGAAAGGAUAGCCUGGAAUUAUGCAUCUUCUUCCACACCUUCUCUUCAAGUUGACUCAAAACUUGACUGUUCAUCCUUUGCACUCCUAUCAGGACUCUCCCCCGUUGAAAAAAUCCUCAUGGAAUGUUGGAUGCAAGUCCUAGGCCGCACAGACAUCACCGUCUCUGAUAACUUCUUUCUGCUCGGCGGUGAUUCCAUCAAGGCCAUGCGCCUAGUCGCUGCCGCACGAGCUGCCAAUCUGCAAAUUUCCGUCGCCUCUGCACUACAAAACCCUAUCUUCCAACAGAUGGCUGCGAUCUCGGACAUCAUUGAAUCUGAAACUAUUCAGGAUGUACACCCCUGGUCUCUGGUUGGAGGAAGGGAAGGCCUGCUUGGCGUCAAUGAACAAGUCAAACAACAGUGCGGUUAUGGCAUCAAUGACCUAGAAGACAUAUCCCCAGUAACCUCAUACCAGGACUGGACUUUUUCGGCUUCAUUGCGAUCUCCAGGUUCUUCUAUCCUGCAGACUCGGUAUCAGAUCGCAGCUGAGUUUGACACCUCAAAGUUCAAGCGAGCUUGGCAGCAAGUGUGCCUCUCUUUCCCAAAUUUACGCACCAGAUUUGUGCAGCCUGAGGGCUGGGGUUUGUUGCAAGCUAUCUGUUUUAACGCUACGAGCCCUCGAACGAUUCGUUUCGCGACCUUGGAAGAUCUUCAAGUGUACAUGAAGAGUGUCUUGCCUUCCAUGACUCAACUUGGUGCCUCCAUGAACGAAAUUUUACUAGCUCAAGUUGGUUCUAAAGAGCAAAACGAGAGAUACCUCGUUUGGUCGAUUCACCAUGUUAUUUUCGAUGGGGUAAACAUGGCCCACAUUCGACAGGCUCUUACUGAAGUCUACCAUGGUGACAAAAUCACACAUCAGCCGGUUGCCUUGCGUGAGUAUGUUGGCUUUCUAAACGGCCAGCAAUCUUCUAUGCAGGAUGCAUAUUGGAGAAGAUAUCUGAAAGGAGCUGAGGCGAGUAUCUUCCCCCACUAUCCUUCUCCGGACUACAUUCCCCGCCCGCAGCGGACACAUAGUCUGGCCUUGAGUUUGAAGCGAUCCGAAGCGCAGCCAAUAACCAUGGCAACCAUGAUUCAUGCUGCUUGGGGAAUCGCUUUAGCAUCCUUCACCCGCACACGUGAUGUGACCUACCGGAACCUCCUUAGCGGGCGCACCGCCGCCACACAUAAGGUCGAUCGCUUUGUGGGUCCAACAAUCACUUUGGUUCCUGUACGCAUCAGGAUACGAGAGCGAUUGCACUCAACUGUUCGCGGAUUUUUGUCUGAAAUUCAAGCUCAAUUGGUAGAGAUGAUGCCACACACAGGAGCUGGGAUAGAUAAGAUCUCCUCCUUGAUACCUGAAAAUCCCCAGCUCUUGGACUUCCAUAAUUUGCUGGUCAUCCAGAGCGCCAGUGGACCAGAGGCCAAAUCAGAAAGAGAUAUCCCGAUGUAUCCAAUCGAUAGCUCGAUGGAUUUGGAUGGGUUGCAUGCAUUUGCGUUGCAAGGCUUUAUCUCUCCAAAUGGGGUGACUUUGCAUCUGCGAUGGGAUGAAUCGGUGAUCUCAGACAGCCUCAUACGUAUUCUGCUUGUGAGAAUGAGCUACUUGCUCCAUGAGAUGGUUGAGGGUAACCAAUCUGUCACUAUCGGGAGGCUUCGGAAAGCAUGUUUUUCUUUGUAA